AUGCCAACCUUAGCACAUCAGACAAAGACGCCUAGACGUCCACUGACUGGCUAUGCUGCGAUCCAACCCUGGCUUCCCGCCGCCUGCCUGCAGCAGAGGCAUGCAGCUGCCUGUGUGAGAGAGGUCAAGGGUUUGAGCCUCAGGCGUGCCAGGCUUAUCCAGAAAGUGCUCGCAGGCCGUGUUCAACAGCAUCGCGUGUUUUCCCAGUGA